AUGUUUCAUAAUGAUGAGACAGAUGAAACAAGUGAAGAAUCUGUUGUUGGAUUUACUCCUCUUCCUGCACCUGCUUCGGAGCCAAGUCCUCCACAACUUAAUCUGCCUCCUCUGUCCCAGACAAAAAGCUUUGAGAAGUUUUCUAUAAAGCUGAGAAAGUGCAUGGCCCGACUUGCCAAUGCGGUAGUUAGAAAGCGCAUGGCCCGACUUGCCAAUGAGGUCGUUAAGCUCACCGGUUGCCGAGCACCGACCUCCGAGUUGACUGCAGGAACUGAUUCAGCCUAA